AUGUCACGAGCGGAUUACCUAGCGAAGUAUAUGAACAACACUCAAACAGAAACCAAAAAGGUGAAAAAGAAGAAGAAAAAAGUACCUGAAAUAACGUCAAAUAUCACCAUAAGUAAAACCGAAUCAAUCACACCAAUACUAUCUCAUAAAACUGAAGACUUAGAUGAAAUACUACCAGAGGAGGAAUUAGAUGAAGAAUCUAAACCAGUGACGGUGACAAAUUUGAAAGAAAAUAAGGGGUUCAAAAGAAUAGAUAAUGGCACGAUUACAAAAUUGAAACCACUACCUACGUCAUCAUCUACUUCAUUAACAAAAGUUGAAAAACCACUCGUUCAACAGGAAACUGUCUAUCGUGACUCCUCCGGUAGAAUCGUUGAUAUCAAGGAAGCUGAAGAGAACUACACCAAAAGAAAACAAGAGGAAAUAGACUCAAAAUCAAAAACUGAGGUACGAACAUCGAAAGAAGAUCAGCUAAAACAAGAAUCAACCAAAUUUAAACCAAAAUUAAAUUCAAAUUUUGAAGAUCCUGCAAAUGCAUUUAUUGAUGAAAAAAUUGAAAUUGAGGACAAGACAAAAUCUAAAUUUAUAUAUACAAAAGGUGUUAAUUUACCAAAUAGAUUUAAUAUACCAGCUGGGUUUUUUUGGGAUGGAAUUGAUAGAUCAAAUGGAUUUGAAGAAUUAAUGUUAAGAAAAAUUAAUGAACAAAAUUAUAACAAAGUAAGCACUAAAAUUAAUGAAGAUUAUGAAAUAGUUUAUGAUUAA